AUGGCCGUGUUCAACUUCCACCUCUUCGUCUUCGCCGCGCUCCUGAUCCUCGGCACGGCCUCGGCGAGGAGGUUGGCCUUCUUCGAAGUCAGACAGUCUCAGGAUGAGACCAGGACGAGAGGUACCUGCACACAAAUGAGCAACAAGUGCCAUCUCGCAAGCCGCGAUGACCAGGUCUGUCCGGCCGAUUACAACAGGUGUCCCUUUGACGGGGCUCCCUGCGUCUUGAUCGAGCCACGGGGAGAUUCAAGUCGUAAACCGGAAGUUCGGUGCGGAUAUCUGGGAGCACAGGGAGCGUGA